AUGUUGUUCUCUGCAGCCUCGAUUCUACUCCUCACAACACCCGCUCUCGGGCAGACCCUUAAUGCCUGGAGACAAACCGUCUACGGAGAAGGAUGCUGCAGCUACGCGGUAGAUGGGAAUGUAACGACUUAUGAUGAAAUUGACUCUUUGCCAGAACGUCUUGCUCUUCUAUUCAAUUUUGAAGCCAAAUAUAUCGGUUUUUACGUUCAGUCCUCCGGUGAUUACAUUACCGACUACUAUGUUGAAGCUUAUGAGCCAACGACGGGCAAAGAUAUUAUUGUUGGAAAGGUUUCCGGCGCUACCUCUAACUUUACUGUUGUCAAUUUUUACAACUCUGCUGGCGCAGCUGAAAUCUUCACAGACACGAUGUUUUUCCAUAUCACUGGAGCAUCUGAUGGAGGCAGUACCACAUUUGUGAACGAGAUAUAUCCCAUCUACUCAGGCGACACCAUUGUAUACCCCCCCGGACAAUCCGCUCAACCCUCACCAACUCAAACAUAUACAAUUCCAACACCGACUUCAACCGUUUUCCCCACACCCACAGCUCCGGGUAUAACCCUCAAUGCCUGGCCCACCAUCUCCGCCACCAAGCCCAUCGUCCAGGACUCCGCAUCCUCAUAUGUCGAUGGAAAUCCAUCCACCGGCUUAGUCUCCUCACGAUAUUUCCUUCUUUUCAAUACGCCAAGCACAUACGAAGGAUUCUACAUCUUAUCUCAAUCGCCCAACUAUAUCACCGACUAUUACGUCACGGCACAAAACCCUAUCACAUAUGCGAAUGUUGAAGUCUGUCGCGUCACGAAUGCCACGUCGAAUUUCACGCUUUGUGCAUUUGUGGAUGAGGAUGGGAAGGCAGGGUUUAGAAGUGCAACGAUCUUUAUCUAUCAAGAUGGUGCGGAGCAAGGGGAACUUAAUGAGGUUUAUCCUAUUUGGCCGGGCGAUGUGGUUGUAGACCCUAAUGCUUAA